AUGGCCUCGAGCUCUACGGAUCGUCACGCCGAACCACGCACGCCCGCGGCCCAUCUCCCAUCCUCCCAAGCACCCUCAUCUUCACUGACCUCGACUUUGUCGACGCCCUAUCUCACAACCACCUCGCAGCUCGAGUACCCCUGUCCCCUCUUCCUCCUGUCCCACUACUCCCGCGGUGCCCUGUUUGGCGACGACCUCUUUAACCGCAUCGAAGCCUCCGUGCGAGGCACCCACUGGGAAGACGACAACUCCUGGGAUGGCGCCGUGACACGGGGCAACAUCUUUAUUGAGAGCGUGCACCGCGACAGCGGGCCGCACAGCUCGGAAAUCAUGCAGGCGAUCUACCAGGAGUAUUUCCCGCUGUGCUCGCUCCGGUCAAUCUUUGUGCUUUCGGUCGUCAACGCCGAUACGCUGGAGGCGAUCAGCGCGGUGAUGCGCAACGGGGUGGUCGAUCGGGUUGUGCUGCGGUUUGGAUCGACGGGGUAUCAGAGGAUGCUGGGGACGGUGCUGGGGCGCAUGGUUGCGUGCUUUGUGCUGGGGGCUUACCGGCCUCGCUCGAGGCGGAUUUCCGUCAUCGAGAUCUUUCGCAUUUCGUAUAAUGCGGGAGAGAACAGGACUCAAACCUGGAAUUUGAGGUUCGAGUUGCAGGAGUCUGGGGAGGAGGACGUACGAGAGGAAUAG